UGCUACAGUGCGCGGCCAGCUGCGAUGGUGAGCUACGGUUGCGCGAAAACCAACAGUGGUCAACUCGAGUGCUUCGUUGAGUUCAAAGUGUCUAAAGAGAAAAAAGGAACCAACGGCAUGGGCUUGGUGACAAGAUGCUUCGAAAUCCUGGCCAUCAUCGGCUCGAUUCUGCUCAUCCUCACGACUCUUCCAUUCUCUCUGUGCGUCGUGUUCAAAGUCGUGCAAGAGUACGAGCGAGCCGUCGUUUUCCGCAUGGGCCGUCUCAAAGGUGUCCCGAGAGGUCCAGGUACGUUCUUCGUUCUGCCUUGCAUCGACAAUUGCGUGCGGGUGGAUCUGCGCACUGUCUCGUUUGACGUGCCGCCGCAGGAGGUACUCACCAAGGACUCGGUGACUGUCAGCGUCGACGCAGUUGUCUACUACCGUAUCAAGGAGCCGCUCAGCGCAGUCGUCAAAAUAGCCAAUUACAGUCACUCAACGAGGCUACUGGCCGCGAGUACGCUGCGCACUGUACUGGGCACCAGAAGCCUGGCCGAGAUCCUGGCCGAGCGCGAGACCAUAUCGCACACGAUGCAGAGCUCGCUCGACGAGGCUACCGAUCCGUAGGGCGUCAAGGUGGAACGAGUCGAGAUCAAAGAUGUAAGGCUACCCGUGCAGCUGCAGCGAGCAAUGGCUGCGGAAGCCGAGGCAGCACGCGAAGCACGCGCCAAAGUAAUCGCUGCCGAAGGUGAAAUGCGUGCCUCGCGCGCACUGAAGGAAGCCAGCGAUGUCAUCUCCAUGAGCCCUGCCGCUCUUCAGCUGAGAUAUUUACAGACGCUCAACAACAUAUCGGCUGAGAAGAAUUCGACCAUCAUAUUUCCACUGCCCGUGGAAAUGUUUACCGGAUUUUUCAACCAUAACGCUGCGAGACGAUAG